ACCACAUAACUUUAUAUGCCUUCUACACCAAGCCAAAAAUACAACAUGGCCAAUCCAUCGACUAUCUCACGCGCCACCACUUCCCCCACCAUUAAACGCCGUAAACUACUCGACAACCACCACUCACUACUACCCGGCUUGCCGGAUCACAUAGCACAUCUUUGUCUCUCUCUUAUCUCUCCAGCCACCUUAUUUUCCGUUUGCAAGUCAUGGCGCCGUCUCAUUUAUUCCCACAACUUUCCACCUUUUCGAUCACUUUACACCAUUUCUCUACCCACAACCACCGUGGACGGCGGCGGAGACGUGACACGCGCCGGCAAUCAUAACCAAACUAUCAAAAUUCACUCUUUUGAUCCCAUUUCUUCAAAAUGGAUCACUAUAGAUUCUCCGCCACAGCCAUAUCUCCACCGUAUUUCCGUCACACUUCCGUCAUUCAUUCGCCGGUAUUUACCAAUACAAUCCCUUUCAAUCUCCGGCGAGCUAAUUCUCCUCGCCGGCACCUCUACUCACCGGGAUUCAACCAUUCCCGCCUUUCCUGAUCCUAUUAUCUUUGACCCUUUAUCCAAUACUUGGUCCACCGGUCCGCCACUCGACACCCCACGACGGUGGUGCGCCGCCGGAGUGUUGCAAGAAACGGUGGUUGUUGCUAGCGGAAUUGGUUCCCAUUACACUGAGACAACUGCCCAAUCAGUUGACAAAUGGGUUCUCAAAAAAAUCGAAUCUUUUGAUGAAAAACGAAAUGGGAAUUGCGAAAAGAUUCGAUCUUUUGAAUCUUUUGAUCUGAGAAGACAUGAAAAUAACAAAAAGAUUCCAUCUUUACGUAGUUCGAAGCAAAAGAUGGAAACUUUUCAUGAUUCUCAUGUCUUUUCUUAUCAAAAGAUUCAUUCGGAACCCUCGAGUCCUUCAAAGAUUGAAUCUUUUGAUAGAAAAAGACACGAAAAUCGCGAAAAGAUUCAGUCUUUGAGAAACUCGAGGGUACAAAAUGAAUAUGGAAAAUGGGAAAAAAUGAAAUCUCUAAAAAAUCCAAAGCUUUGUAGAGAAGCCAUAGAUAUGGUGGGAUAUAAAAAAAAGCUAUAUAUGGUAAACGUCAAAGGUGACUAUGCAAAAGAAGGAUUUGUAUACAAUCUUGAUUCCGAUGAGUGGUCGGAGAUGCCGGUAGGAAUGUUGGGUGGUUGGAAAGGUCCGGCAACCGCCAUGGAAGAAGAAACACUCUAUGUGGUGGACGAAACAAAAGGUGUGUUGAAAAGAUACAAUGAUGAAAAUGAUAGUUGGUCGGAAAUUGUGGUGGAUGAACGGUUGAAAGGGGCGGAGUACAUUGCCGCCGGUGGUGGUAAAGUGUGUGUUGUGUGUGAAAAUCGUGUCGGGAUUUUGGUCAUGGAUGUCGCUGCGGUGUCGCCACGGUUUUUAGUUGUUGCGACACCUCCAGAACAUGAAGUUUUGGGUGUUCAUAUUUUGCCAAGAAUGUGUUUGCCGGAAUUUCAAAUCCGGUGAGUGCAUAAGAAUCCAAAUAUCAACUUUUUGAUGGUUAUUAUUUUAUUUAUUUGUUUACUGUAUGUAAUACUAAAAUAGUAUUAUAUUAUCAAUAUUGUCAUAGAAUAGUGUUUGUUGCAAUUCACAAGCUAGCAUAUGAUAUUAUUAAGUAA